UGAUGGUCUCUUUAAGACGAUUGGUGUUCCUGGUGCUUGUGUCGUGCGCUACUUUCUGGCUUGUGACUUGGCAUUCCAGUUGGACUGUCAUUUAUGACAUCAACAAGCCCAUGUCUUCACACGGCUACGUACAGUCCAGUACAGUAAACAAGUCAGUGAAACGUGACAUCCAGUGUGUGGGCGCAGGACAAGAUGAGGCAGAAGACCUGUUUUGUAUGAAACAGCCCCAAUAUCUGCCGAACUUUAAGAAUCCUUGCUGGUACGCAAAAGAAGAUGGGAAGUUUCGUCUUAAGUGCGUCCCAUACUACCAUCUUCUUGGCGUGUGCAAAUCAGGAACCACCGACCUCUCCUACCGCAUACUGGCCCAUGAAGACGUCCUUGGAUGCAAUAAUUGUUGGAGACAGAAGGAAAUAUUUUAUUGGUGCCGUAUAAGAUAUGGUUAUAAAGUUACCAUGAAGGGAGAGCAGGAAAAAUGCAACUUCAGCUGCUUUCUACAAAAGUUCACUACCGCGGCACAAAAGAUAGAACAGAAAGUUACAGAAUCAGGAUACCACAACAUGAUUACAGGUGACGGAUCUCCAUCAGAUUUUAGCGAUUUCCGAGGUUGGCCCAAAAUACCUCAAAAUGCAGGUUUAGAGAAACCGGUGGUUAUGACACCCCAUCUUAUGAGGCACGUGUAUACAGAUCCAAAGUUCAUCCUCAUCUUGAGAAAUCCAACUGACAGGUUGUAUUCUGACUACACGAUGAAACACGGACGGUCUGCUGAGGAUUUCCAUGAAGCUGUGAGUGGAGAUAUUCGGAUCGAGGAGGCCUGCAUGAACAACCAUUCUGAUGAACAAUGUCUGUACAGCCUGGAAUUAGCACGUAAACUUCGAACUCGUAUUUUUCUGGGGUGCUAUUCAGUGUAUAUGCGACAGUGGCUGAAUGUGUUUCCGCGAGACCAAUUCCUGAUCUUGCGUACAGAGGACCACGAUAAAGAUCCAGGAGCUCAGCUAAGAACAGUGUACAACUAUUUGAAACUAAAUUAUACUGAAGAGUGGCUGGCCUCCAUCACGCGUGUCCCUCAUCAAAAUGCCAGUAAGAAGAAGAAAAGAAUGGGACCCAUGCUUCAAAAGACCCGUGUCCUACUGGACGGAUUUUACAGCAGAUAUAAUCAGGACUUGGCAGAUAUGCUGCAGGACAAGAUGUUUCUGUGGUUGACAUAAUAGUUGCCUUAAAACUUAAUCUUAAUUGUGGGGGAUAUAAAAUACAACAAUAAACAAAUAAACACAAACAGUUCAGUUAAUUAUACGCUUCAAACAAUAUUGACAAAGUCAUAAUUCCCAAUCAUGAAAGAAGCGUAAACAUUCUUCCAGUUGGUCUUGGAUAAAUUUCUUUCGAAACAAAUACCUCAUUCUGAAUGUCUUGUUAAUUCCUGAAAAUGUAAUUGCGGGAUCAAAUUCUCAAUAUAGAUUUCUUCAACAUGUUAUACCAGAAUACAGCAGAGGACUAUUAGGUGUAUGGAGACUACAUAGUCUUCAGCUAUGACAGCAAAAGCAGCUACGGAUUGAAUUCAAUCGCAGUUAUGUAUGUGUGAAACAUAGUCAGUUCGUUGCAAAAUGUUCCUGUACAAUGUAUUUUUCAAAAUAAAACCCCGACCGUUAAUCAGCUGAUUA